AUAUCUGAUCCCUUCGGCCGUGAACACGUGACAAUUACGUUUGUUGUCGCACGUUAUGACAGAUUUAUUCAACACCUCAAAUCCAUUACGUCCGAAUAAUAGCAACAAUAAACUGAAUAGCGUUAAAAAUUCGUUGCAUACGUGAAACAUGGCUAAGUCUUCUGAAAAGAAGGGAAAGAGCGCCAUCAACGAGGUGGUGACUCGCGAAUACACUGUGAACCUUCACAAGCGCCUUCAUGGCGUUGGAUUCAAGAAGCGUGCUCCACGAGCGAUCAAGGAGAUCAGAAAGUUCGCGGAGAAGCAGAUGGGAACGCCCGAUGUUAGGAUAGAUACGCGCCUCAACAAGCAACUGUGGUCAAAAGGCAUCAGGAACGUUCCCUUCAGAGUUCGUGUAAGACUGAGCAGGAGGAGGAACGACGACGAGGACUCUGCAAACAAGCUGUAUACCCUUGUCACAUAUAUAUCCGUUUCGUCGUUCAAGGGGCUCCAAACCGAGAAUGUUGAUGCUAGCCAGGACUAAUGUAUUUCUGUAUAAUAAAUAAUGAUAAACUGA